UCCAUCGCUGCACGCAGCGGCAGCUGCACGCAGCGCAUCCACGGCUGGCACAUCAUCGCGAUUAGGACCAGCCGAAGUGCUACUUCGAGUAUAGUGCACCGCCGACGAGCGUUAUGUUUCGUGUAUGUUGUAUUCGUUGUACUGUGAACUAACAGUCGGACUGACGCAGCUACUGCAAGCACUGCGCAUGUGCAGGCGAGAGGACGGAAUACUACCGUUGCACCGCACAUUGUAUAACGUAAACACUUUACCCAGCUGCAUGUAUUUAAGGCCCAUGCACCAGCCGUUGGCAGUACCGAUCGUUUUGCACGCACACAAGCAUAUCUGCGUUGCCGCGUUCCGUCGACGUCGCCGUGCCGCGAUGUCCCAGAGCUCAUCCUCCGCACUAGCCGCUACGAUAGAUGUCUUGACGGUCGCACUAGCCGCUACGAGCGAAGACAAAUAAAAGUAGCAAUAGCUAAACUUCUCUAAACAAAACCCUAGUCUAACCUAGAUGAAGACUAUUUAUUUAUAAGUAGUAUAGAAAUCAACGCGCCGCCUUGAUGCUAUCUCCGUACACGUGAUGGGCCGUGUAGCGGCGUGGCAGACUUGGGCCCAUGCUCCUGGACUCUUUCUGGACUCCUCCGCCGUGUGCAUGCAUGCACAAGCAUGCCCGUACAUGGACGGGAAACUUGCAUGCGUGCUCAUCUCUAAUUAAGUAAAUCAAACUCCUGUCCUUAUGUGAUGAUCCAUAAGCACCUCUAGUCCAUUCUCCAACGCCAAUGUUUCUAAGCACAAAUAAAUGGAAACAAGUGCCCGAAUCAGGGUGUAAGUCUGUUUUUGAUUUGUCGUUUCCGCUUUUGCUUUGUGUCUUCUUGUUCAUCAUUCAGUUUUUGAACCAACGCAGAACGGAGGCCCGUGCAACUUUUAGUUGUGGGAGGACCAGUACGCCUUCUUCAUCACCGGCGUGGGCAUCAACCUUCUCAUCGAGGUGGCCGGAGGUGGGAGCAACGUGAUGUUCGGCAUCGGCCGCGCCAUGGAAGAUGUACGCAUCGCAGCUAGGAACACCAUGAUCAUUUGCUUGUUCAUGCUCAUGCUGCUGUUUGUGGCGGGCAGUAACGUUCCAAAGAAACCAUGCGCGACGUCCUCGGAAGAGCAUGAUUUGUGUAGAACUAAUGAAUUUAGCAGUCCCUUGUGCAUUAGUAGCUCGGUGCGACCAGCGGGGUGCAAUACAUGUUUAUGUAAUCACCAAUGUUUUAGUUAAUCCCCGAUUAGAUGUAAUAAAACAUUUGUACUGUUAUGUGUCAGAAGGCACACCCCGACCGACGACUUUUCUGCGUACGCGUGCAGAGGGCACAUGUGGCAGCGGCCGGUCGGUCAAAAAGCGCAUGCACCGCAUGUCAGAGGAGAGGAGGACACGCGGCUGCCGCAAUUAAUGAAACGAAAACGCUGCCACACGUUGCGGCCAUCCCCUCCCCUGCUUGCGGCACUGUACGUCACGAGAUACGCCCAUCUGCGAAACAGAGCGUCGGAGAAGCGCCCGCUCUCGCCGGGCGACGCAUCAGGCGGCGCAGCGAGAUUUGUCGAUGGAAGAAGAACACCAUCUCAGUGGGCAGAUCCAAACUCCGGCCGCCAUGGCGAGAUAGGGAGAGCAGCAGGUAGACGGCGGAGAAGCAACAACUCCCGGAAUCAGCAUGAGCAUAGACAGCCGGCACAGGAAGCAGCCCGCUCGCUGGUGCUUGUUCUUCGCCCACCAAGACGGAAAAGGGGCUCGUGCGAGAAGCAGCGCAUGCGACUAACCUGUGUCCUCACCAACAGGUCCAGUCCGUACAUAGCUUAUCCGGUCAGACCCCCGGGCCCAUGGAGUAGAAAAACAAUGUCCCACUUUGCACGCCGUGCGUGGCACGUCCCUCUCCCGUGUCAGAAGGUACGACGGCCCGAGCCCACUGGACGGACGAGAGGCAGUGUAUUUGUCUGUAUCAGCGAUGUAUCUCCGCUUUACCCCUUUUGCAAAUCAACUUGCACGCAUCACCACGCGAACGCGCUGCCGCCGGAUAACUGCGUGCAGGACAUCCACUCUCCACUCUCGUACUAG